AUGCCGGCCCCCUCGAUCCCGAAUCUUCUGUCACUACGCGGCGCAAGGGGUGGCGGCCGAGGUCGAGGCAGCAGGCUGGGCCGUGGAGGCCAUCCUGUGUCAAGCCAGGCACAGCAUGAUACGACCAUUCAGGGCACGGAUACUGAUGCGGCAGUGUCACGGCUGAGUGCGGUUGAAGUAGGCUAUCUUGAGGACCCAUACGCUCCGUACUUCGUCCAGGGCCAACAGGCGAGUCGGAGGCUGCCCAUCAUCAAUAGAGGUACCUACACCAGAACUACCGCUCUGAAUAGACUCGUCGAUUCUUUCUUGAAUUGUGGAAAUUCUCAAGAGGGAGAAGGAUCGGAGAGGCAGAUCAUCUCCCUCGGGGCCGGGACUGACACACGCUGUUUCCGGCUCUUCUCACAGAAGAGCCGUUGCUGUCGCUUGACCUACCACGAGGUGGACUUUCCUUCGAUCAGCUCACACAAGCGGAUGAUAGUCCAGGCAACGCCAGUGUUGCGAAGGAUCCUGCCGGAUCCAGUCCCUGCCGCAGAAGGGAGUGACUCGGCCUCCUGGCGGAGCACUCCAGACGGUGAUGGCACCCAGUACUGGUGUCACGGUCUAGACCUGAGAGACCUUUCCAAGAGAGCCCAACAGGGCGAGGCGGCUUCUGCGACUCCUGGGGUGGUUAUCAAAGGGCUACGGACAGCUGUGCCUACGCUCCUCAUAUCGGAAUGCUGUCUGUGCUAUCUGGAGACAGCGCAGGCGGAGGGAGUGAUCAAGUAUUUCACGGACAAGAUACCGAAUCUUGGCCUGGUCUUAUAUGAACCGACAAGGCCUGACGAUGCUUUUGGAAGGCAAAUGGUAGCGAAUCUGGCUGCGAGGAGGAUUAGGAUGCCUACACUGGAAGUGUACAAGGAGCCCAAGGAUCAGGAGCAGAGGCUUCGACAAGCUGGUUUCGAAACGGUAAAGCAGAAUACCGUAGAAUCACUGUGGGAUAGCUGGGUGUCCGCGGAAGAGAAAGAGAGGCUUGACGGACUCGAGGGUCUGGAUGAAGUCGAGGAGUGGCAGCUAUUGGCGGCACACUAUAUUAUAGCCUGGGGAUGGAGGGGGGACGGUUUCGAUGCUUGGUCCAGUCAAGGGUGA